GUGAGACAGGAGGAGAGACAGACAGCAGGAGAACAGUGAGACAGGAGGCUAGACAGCAGGACAGCUAGCGCCAGUACAGAGAGCCUCUUUACCACAUUAUCUGCGCUAUUUUUGCGGCAGUGGCGCUUCAGAUAAAACCACAUUUAAACAUUUAUUUUAGCUAAGAUGUGACUCCGCCAAAAAAAUGAGCGCCGGCAGCUAACGUUAGCUAGCUUAACGUGAAAACAAAAAGGGCAUCUCUUCUCUUCUCUUCUGCCUUUGAAAUAUUCGGAUGACAGUUUUAGUGGGAACCAGUUAACCAGUUCAGCUGCUCAACUGGUUAACAAACAAACCAGUGCUGGUUACAACAAACAAACAAGGGGAGGAAAAAAACAGCAAAGUGUCAAGAUGAAAUUCACGGAGCAUCUCUCGGCUCAUAUCACCCCGGAGUGGAGGAAACAGUACAUCCAGUAUGAGGCUUUCAAAGAGAUGCUCUAUGCUGCUCAGGACCAGGCCCCAUCUAUUGAAGUCACAGAUGAGGACACAGUUAAGAGGUACUAUGCCAAGUUUGAGGAGAAGUUCUUCCAGACAUGUGAAAAAGAACUGGCCAAGAUCAACACCUUCUACUCAGAAAAGCUGGCUGAGGCUCAGCGACGAUUUGCCACACUGCAGAAUGAGCUGCAGUCCUCAUUGGACGCCCAGAGGGAGAGCUGGGCUAACGGGCGGGGCCUGAGGAAGAGGAAGACAGUGUUUGCCCUGUCGCAGCAGGAGAGGUGCAAACACAGAAACAUAAAGGACCUGCAGCUGGCCUUCUCAGAGUUCUACCUCAGCCUCAUUCUGCUGCAGAACUACCAGAACCUGAACUUCACAGGUUUCAGGAAGAUCCUGAAGAAGCAUGACAAGAUUUUGGAGACAUCGAGGGGGGCCGACUGGAGGGUGGUCCAUGUUGAAGUGGCUCCGUUUUACACAUGCAAGAAAAUCACACAGCUCAUCUCUGAGACUGAGGCUUUGGUCACAACAGAGUUGGAAGGAGGUGACAGGCAGAGAGCCAUGAAGAGGCUGAGGGUUCCUCCCCUCGGAGCUGCACAGCCUGCUCCUGCUUGGACCACCUUUAGAGUCGGGCUUUACUGUGGAGUUUUCCUCGUCUUAAUUGUUACUGUGGUCAUUACAGGAGCUGUGGUGAUCCGUAGUGCUGAUGUUUGGCCUAUGGUCAGGAUCUACAGGGGAGGCUUCCUGUUAAUAGAAUUCCUUUUCCUGCUAGGCAUCAACACCUACGGCUGGAGGCAGGCGGGGGUGAACCAUGUCCUCAUAUUUGAACUCAACCCCAGAAACAACCUGUCACAUCAACAUCUGUUUGAGAUUGCAGGUCUGCUGGGCGUGUUGUGGUGUGUCAGCCUGCUGUCCUGCCUCUUCAGUGAUAGCAUCCUGGUACCGAUGCAGGCUAACCCUCUAGCUCUCUACGGCCUCUUCCUCCUCUUCCUCAUCAACCCCUUCAAGACCUGCUACUACAAGUCGCGCUUCUGGCUGCUCAAACUCCUGUUCCGAGUGGUGACCGCUCCUUUCCACCGUGUUGGCUUCGCAGACUUCUGGCUGGCUGACCAGUUAAACUCUCUGGGAGUGGUUCUGAUGGAUCUGGAGUACAUGAUCUGUUUCUACAGUUUUGAACUAGACUGGAAAAAACACGAUGGACUGAUAAGCAGUGAAGGUAAAGAUGUGUGUAACUCCUACUCCUAUGGCGUCCGUGCGGUGAUCCAGUGUCUUCCUGCUUGGUUCCGGUUCGUCCAGUGUCUGAGACGUUACCGGGACACCAAACGAGCCUUCCCUCACCUGGUCAACGCUGGGAAAUACUCCACUUCCUUCUUUGUUGUCACAUUUGCUGCUCUUUACAGCACGCAUAAAGCUGAAGCCCAUGCUGACGCCCACAUCUUCCUCUACUUGUACAUCGCCUGUUUGGUGGUCAGCUCGUGUUAUACACUGAUCUGGGAUCUGAAAAUGGACUGGGGCCUGUUUGACCGCAACGCAGGAGAGAAUACCUUCCUGAGAGAAGAGAUAGUUUACCCACAUAAGGCUUAUUACUACAGCGCCAUCGUGGAGGAUGUGCUGUUGCGUUUUUCAUGGACUUUAACCGUCUCCCUCAGCACCGUGUCUGGACUUCAUGGCAUCUCUGACAUACUGGCGACAAUACUGGCCCCAAUGGAGGUCUUUAGACGUUUUGUGUGGAACUUCUUCCGGUUAGAGAACGAACACCUGAAUAACUGUGGUGAGUUCCGAGCGGUCAGAGACAUCAGUGUGGCUCCGCUCAACGCUGACGACCAGACGCUGCUGGAGCAGAUGAUGGACCAGGAGGACGGGGUCAGGAACCGCCAGGGCAAGAAGAGCUGGAAGAGGAGCUACAGCAUGAGCCUCCGCAGACCACGCCUGGCCUCACAGUCCAAGACCCGUGACACCAAGGUUUUGAUAGAGGACACCGACGAUGACUCCUGACAUCAGGCCACGCCCCUCGCCUGGGUCCAGAAUCUAUUCAAAGGAGGAAACUCCACCUCCUAACCGAGAAAUCACCCAGCGAGUCGGGCGUCCGUUGAACUAUUAGCAAAGCGCGGGUUCAAACUCUCAUGCCUAUGUAAUCCUUUCUCCAAUACUUGAGCCUCUUCAUGGCUUCACAAUGAUUUGAAGUAUUUCGAGCGAGGAAAUUUCCACCUCAUGAACAAACAACCCAGCACCAUGGCCAUCAGACUUCUACUCCCACCUUCAGUAAUAAUAACCAGGGGUGGGCUUAUAACUUAAACUCUACUUGUGGGUCAUGCACAGCCACCCAGAGGAGGUGGUCUCUUAAACUGCUCCCACUCCUCAGCCAUUGCUUAGGCUCUCCUAAAAGCCUCGGCCUAGCAUGAAAACGCAGCUUAAAGGAAUGCAAGCAGCUCACCUUAGCAGGACCUUAGCGUCCCUGCUCUCCAUCGGUGCCACGCAGCUUCCACACAAGGAGAAACGGCGGGAAACUUCAAACCAAAAGGAUUUCUCCCCACCUUUUAGCUAUUCGUCUCAACCGAAACCGCACCUCAACUUGUAAUUUGGACCUCAGAAUAAGUUAAAAACUUGCUUAAAUCUGCCUUUUACCCAGAGGAUAAGAAGGUUUAAGAGGCCUUGUGACCUUCUUUCUCCCCGACAACAGACGAUGCUGACGAACAUUUGGUAACACCAACCAGUCACUGGCUUUGACUCCUUGACUCCUUGACUCCUUGACUCCUCUGCUCUUCAGCUUGCCCCCUUCAAAUCAUCACAGAGCUGCCUACCUGCACCUUACACGCUUUAGAAAAAUACACACACACACACACACACACUGAAACAUGCACUUUGUAGGAGUGAACUGGAGUGGAAUGCCUCUUGUGUGUUCACACACAAACAGUGAUUUAAUACUUUUUAUUGUUCAUGGAUGUUUCAACAUUUAACCAUACAUUUUUGAGACCCUGGGGAAUAAGAACACACUCAAGUAAGUGAUUAUUUAUGACCGUGGUUGUAAAUAUGAAAUGGACCAAAGUAGGAGAUGGUGUGAAAAUAUUCCGAAAAUAUUAAAAUACUUCAGACAGACUGCAUGGACCAGCAGCUGGAAUGACGCUACUUUUGAUUCCGAAAAAAAGAAGAAGAUCACCAUAAAUCAUAAUCGAUAACUCUGUCAUGUGGAAAAAAAUCUACUGGAACUGGUUUUACUGAAUGUAUGCCAAAUGAUGUAUGAAUGAAUGGGAGAGAUCACCAGUCAACCCAUGCAGGCUGACACGUUUUUUUUAAAUUAAAAACAAGAUGAGUUCCAAGAAA